AUGGUUAUCAAAGCAAUGGUAUCACCAAACUUACGCUAUACCACUAAAAGAGUCAACGAUGACUUUAAAUCCCGCGAGGACGCUUCCUACUCUAGAAAGCCGCGUUCGAGUGUCGCUAGGAGAGUUUUGGCAACGGUGGUUGUGUUAUCUUUCCUGGUGGGCGUAUCUGUUUUAUCAUAUUUUGUCGUUAGUAAGUAUAAAGCUUUGAGUGAGUUUAAGAGUUCGUUGAGUGAGCACUUGACUAAGAACUUUCCGGAGUUGGAGAUGAAUAAGCGCGACAGUUACUUUGACGAGUUGACUCACCUGUUUCGCGCUAAUCUUAUAUCUAAUGACCCGAAACUUGAACUUGAGGUGUACAUGGAGUUUGAGUCAUUUAACGCCAAAUACCACAGAGUGUACAAAUAUGACAAGGAUCGCCGCGAGAGAUUCGUGAAUUUCCGUGACAGCUAUUUGGAAGUGAAGGAGCAACGGGGAACUGAGAUGUAUACAAAGGGAAUCAACAGAUUCAGCGAUCUCUCUGAAGAUGAAUUUUAUCACAUGUUCCCGUCAAUCAGGAUCCCUAAAUCGGAUAGGCUCCCGCCGAGUAACCAUAUCCUGAAUCUUAUGGACAAUCCGACAUACAUAAAGAAUCUGCAACUGGCAAAGGGGUCCACGGAAGAGAUUGACGUGUCAAACUUAACAGCGGAAAAUCUGGACUGGAGGAGAGCAAAUUGCGUGAAACCAGUGAGAGACCAGGGGUACUGCUGCUCAGGAUGGGCGAUCACAACAGUAGAUUGCAUCGAGUCAUUCUACAUGGCACACUACGAUAGAGACUACGACCUCAGCGUCCAGCAGGUCCUGAACUGCGACGAUUUCAGCUUCGGAUGCGCAGGAGGGUCACCGAAGUCGGCAUUCUCGUACGUAAAGAAGCACGGCUUGGUCCACGAGAACGAGUUCCCGUACGUGGGCGCAAACGGGCCGUGCUUCGUCCCGGAAACGACCUACGAAAGAGUGCACAUCGAGGCCUUCUACAUUUUCAGGGGAAAGGAUAUUUUCAACAAGUCACUGCUGGUAUCGCCAACCGUCGUCUUCCUGGGGGUCACACCAGAGUUGGUAUCCUACAAAUCCGGAAUAUACACAGGUAGCUGUGCAGAAAAGCCAAACAGUCCGGUGCUCCUGGUCGGAGAGGGCUUCGACGAGGACCUCGGCGUGAGGUACUGGAUCGUCAAAACCUCAUGGGGAGCCGAUUGGGGAGAGGACGGAUACAUAAGGCUGGAGAGGACGGGCGUAGGCUCAGAUAAGUGUGGUGUCCUGGACGCAGGACUACACUCCUUCGCCCACUGA